AAAAAUCAAUACUUGUCCUCUGCUCAGUCUCAGCAAAAGAUAACACACUUUCAUUAUUUUGCCAAAUAAAAACUUUCCUUCAAUUUUCGCAGCUUCAUUUUUCCUCUUUUUCCGCCCUGAAAAUUCCCCGAAAAAACCAAAUUUCAGUGCUCAAAGUUGAUACAGAAGGUUUUUUAGUGAUUUCGCGAGUGAAUUUUACUGGAUUAAAGGGAGGGCAGUUGGAAAAGAUGAUGCAUCUCUGAAAAAUUUACGGAAAUGCCAGGAGGAAUUCUCUUCAAAUGCAGAAUGAAGCGACAAAAUGUACGUACUCUCUCUCUUGUUGUGUGCACCUUCACUUACCUCCUGAUUGGGGCUGCUGUCUUUGACGCUCUCGAGUCUGAGACGGAGAGCAGACGCUGGGAAUUCCUCCAGAGUGUCCGGAACAACUUCAUGAAGAAGUACAACAUCACCCACGAAGACUACCGAAUGCUAGAGAUUGUUAUAAUUGAGAAUAAGCCCCACAAGGCUGGACCACAGUGGAAGUUUGCAGGAGCUUUCUACUUUGCCACCGUGGUCCUGGCCAUGAUUGGCUACGGUCACUCUACUCCAGUCACGAUCGGAGGGAAGGCCUUCUGCAUGGGUUACGCCAUGGUAGGCAUCCCAUUGGGCCUCGUCAUGUUCCAGAGCAUCGGUGAGCGUCUGAAUAAGUUCGCCUCCGUCGUGAUUCGUCGUUUUAAGCGCUACAUGCGCUGCAAGGAAACCGAAGCGACGGAAAUGAACCUAAUGAUGGCCACUGGACUCCUUUCGUCAAUCAUCAUAACGACCGGAGCAGCGGUCUUCAGCCGUUACGAAGGCUGGAGCUACUUCGAGAGUUUCUACUAUUGCUUCAUAACCCUCACGACCAUCGGAUUCGGGGAUUACGUGGCGCUUCAGAAUGACUCAGCGCUUAUCAACAAACCCGGCUACGUGGCCCUGAGCCUCGUGUUCAUCCUCUUUGGCCUGGCAGUUGUGGCUGCCAGCAUCAAUCUCUUGGUUCUGCGCUUCAUGACAAUGAACGCCGAGGACAUUCGACGCGAGGAAGCUGAAGCCCAGAUCGCGGCUGGACAUACUUUCGCGUAUCAGAGUGACGUGAAUUUGAGUGAAAAAUGGGUCCGAGGGCAAAGCAACUACUGCACGCCCGAUAUCGACGAGCAAAUGUCCGUAUGCUCGUGCACUUGCUUAGGAGGAACCGGCUGUAUCAAUCACGAACUCCUCCUCGAUCCCGGCUACCAUCCCACAGACAUUAUCACCAGUUCAUUGAGCCUGGAGAGGGCAUCUGUGUGAAAUACGGUGAAGAAGAGGCGUUAGUUUUCACGGACAAUCCCUCUUUAUAAACAUUUGUCAAUCCCAGAAGCAAUUGGAGAUCUUUUUUUAUCUGGUAACGCGACGUAAAAGACCCAAUUAACAAAAUUGUAGAAAAAUUUGAGAUCCUUUUCAGAUCAAAUAAGGGGCCAAAAUCAGGACGUCAGCCAAUAAAAUUAACCAGUAAAUUGGUAAAUUUAGAAUAAGUUAAAUAUUCCAGUAGAAAAAUGUCUGCGGAAAUUAUGAGGAAAUAUCCUCAGAAAUUCCACUGGAAUUCCAACGGAAUUUCCGCAUCAAAUGGCUAUAGGGUAUACCCUUUAAAUAAGUGUCAAAUAUUCCAGGAUUUGUAGUGCUAAAAAUCGCCUUAAUGAAAUCGAAGUGUUAUUUUUAAAGCCAAGCUGUUUCCUUUUUUAAAUAGAUAUAGCAAUGUUGUGGCAAAUAUUACAAAUAGUUACUAAUAAAAAGAUGUGCUAAAUUGUUUAUAGAGGAACAAUGUGCUGCAAAAAUGCUUUUAGGGGUAGUUUGUAGGUCAUAAGUCACGAAAAGUAUAGAAUAUUGGAUUUUGAAAGAGAAAAUUAAUGUCCUUUGUAUUUGACGUUUAUCUGUCAUUUAUUAAACUUGACUCAAAAAUAUUAUAGACCUUAGAAGAUAUUCUGUAGGUUCAUUUCAUA